UGUUCUAGAUUUGUAUCUUACUCGCAGAGCAUAUCAAAGCAACAGACAAGUGUGGUGUGCUUUGUUCGUCGGUUGAUUUAGAGAAGAAAGAAAUGGCUCUAAUGUUGAGUCUGUUAUCUCCUGCGAUCAUAUUGAUCGGUUUCGUUAGUUUUGUUGUUAUUUACUUGGUGCGCAACAGUAAAACUCGUUCAGAAUUUUCGAAACUUCCUCAGCCUGCCGGUAAAUUGCCAGUGGUUGGACAUUCAUUAUUAUUAUUGAAAAGAGGUGUGGACAUUACGGAAUCGUCUUUCGAGGCCUUUUACAAAUAUGCCGUGGAAUAUCACGAGUUCGGUCUGUACGCCUUUGCAUUGGCCUUCCAACCUACCGUCCACAUUUUUUCUGCUGAACACUUUGAAAAGCUGAUGACAUCGAACACACAUAUCAACAAAUCAACCUCGUACAGUCCACUUCGACCAUGGCUCGGAACGGGUCUGAUCGUUAGCGGUGGAGACAAAUGGCAUAAAGAUCGGAAAAGUUUGACACCGGCUUUCCACUUCAAGAUAAUGGAUGAAUUCAAUCCGCUGAUCAAUAAACAUGCGAGAGUGUUGUGCGACAAAAUCAAAACCACUUUGAAUAUGGAAGUCACCAACUGUGUGGCCACAUUAUCGGCUUGUGCCUUAGACACCAUUUGUGAGACGUCAAUGGGCGUGGACAUGAAAACACAAACUUGUGAAAGUGACGAGAAUUCUUUCUCCACAAGUUUCAUUGAAUUCAACAAAUUGGCAACGAAACGAGCCCUAAAUUCAUUGCUCAGUCAAAAUGAGCGACUGUAUGCCAUGACGCCGGAUGGUCGAAGAUCGAAGCGAUUGAUCAAAAAUAUGCAUGACUUUACUGGAGGCAUUGUCCGACAACGGAAAAAAGAAGUUGAGUCGACGAUACGCACUGGAGUUGGUGAAGGAAAGAGAAAAUUGAAGUCGCUGUUGGAUUUAAUGUUGGACAUUCACUUGAAUGACAACAGUUUAAAUCUGCAAGACAUUCAAUUCCAGUUGGAUAAUUUCGCUUUCGCCGGACAUGACACCGUUUCGAACGCAAUAUCAUUUGUUCUCGUAUGCCUUGCGAAUUACACUGAUGUACAACAUCGUGUACGAGCCGAAAUAACUGAAGUUAUUGGCGACGGAGCAACGGAAAUUAGCACCGAUCAUUUGUCGAAAUUUCCCUACUUAGAGAUGGUCAUCAAAGAGUCGAUGCGUGUUUAUCCUCCCGUCCCCUUUACCGGUCGUCAUCUACACGAAAAUUUAACUCUUGGCGAUCAUGUCAUACCGAAAGGAACGGAUAUUUGGAUGAAUUACUUUGCGCUCAAUCGAAAUCCCACUCAUUGGCCGGAACCGAACAAAUUUGAUCCGGAACGAUUUUCGCCGGAAAAUUCGACCGGACGACAUCCAUUUGCAUUCGUGCCGUUCAGUGCUGGCCAGAGAAAUUGUAUCGGACAACGAUACGCUAAGACGUUCAUGAAGAUUGUUAUUGCACAAAUUGUCACACAAUUUGAAAUCAUUCCAGUCACUACCAUUGGAGAUUUGACAUUGUCGUUCGAGAUUACCAUCAAAACGAUGAAGCCGAUUCAAUUGAAAUUCAAAUCGUUGACAGUGUAGAAUAAAGUGUUGUCGCACCACUGAAUUCAAUAUUGAAGAAAA